AUGGCCAAGGAGUUUAGCCUGGUCAACAAGGCGGCGGCAGCGGCGGCCACGGCGGCCGCCCAGCCCCUGGUCGACUUCACGCCGGGGUCAGACAUGCUGGACCCCGUCCUGCAGGCGGCACGGGCGAGGCUGGCGGCGGAGAAGGCGGCCGAGGCUCUGACGCGGGCAGUGCACGAGUGCACCGACCUUGCGCGGCUGGAUGCCGCCAUCUCUGCAGCGCAGGAAGCCGAGGUGGAGGAGGCCGGACUGCUCAGGUGUGGAAUGGAGGGAGGGGAGUUGGAUGCGAUAUACGGGGCUCCCCGUGAUACCCAUCAGGGGAUGUGCCAAAGGCUCAGCACGGCAGAUCCCAGUGCCCUCCUGGCAUGGCCCCAUGUGGUUGGUGAUGGGCGCCAAGAACUCGGCUCUCCCCCGAACUACCAUGACCCUGCGCUGUCGGCCCACCCCACGAAACCGACAGGGAAGCCCAUGCGGCCCGAGCCCGGCUGGCGCGUGCCCAGUCGGCGGGGCAGGGCGCUGGAGCGGUCCCUGUCCGGCGCGCUGGCCGGGCGCGCAGCGGCCGCCGAGCUGGAGGCCAAGCUGGCACUGGCGCGGCGCGAGGGCGUGCGUUGCCUGGCACUGCUGGAAAGCGCGGCGCGGGCGCGCGCCACGCUGGAGCUGGAAGAGGCGGCCGCCGCGCUGCGUGCCGCGCUGGAUGCCGGGCGGGGGGGGCGGCUGCAAGCGGAGCGAGCGCUGCGCAAGGCGUCUGCCGAGGCCUCCCGCGCCGAGAAGAAGGAGCGUGAGCGCCUGGCACGCAUGGAGGCCGAGGCCGACCGCAAGAUCCUGCAGGCACGGGAGAAGGCGGCCCGCCAGCACUUUGCGGCCCUGCAAAAGGAGCGACGGCGAGCGGUGCCCAGGCCCUCGGCGCUGGGGGCCGAGGCGGCGUGCCCCUCCCCUGCCUCCUCCUCGACGGCCCCCUCACCAGGGCCUGCGCUGGCCACUGCCUCCGCCAGCCCCUCGCACGAGGCCACCGACCCUGCCUCCAGCGAAGCCUGCACGCCGCGGGCCGGGUCUGGGGACGCGCUGGGCCAGCGCUCCGUCUCCCCCUGGGCGGCCCCGCUCCCGCGCCAGACCAGCGACCCCUCGUCGGUGGCCGCCGGCGCUGCCAAUCUCGCGGGCCUGCGCUGGGGCAGUGGCGGCUGGACGGGCCUGGGCGGCGCCGCCGCGACGUCGCCACCCCCUGCCGGCCCGUAUCCAGAGGCCGGCGGCCGGGCCUCGCGCCAGGCGGCCCUGGUGGCGGCGUUGGACGCGGCGCGCCAGCCGGAGGCGUGCCGCUACUUCGUGCACGGGUACUGCCGCGAGGGGCGGCGCUGCCGCUUCGCGCACGCGUUGCCGCACACGCUGCCGCAGACGCCGCUCUGGGGCGUGCCAGGCGAGGGCGGCGAGGCGCCGGACGGCGAGAGGCCGGAGCGUACGGCGCCGGGCGGGUACGCCGCCGCGCCCGCGCCCGGCGCGAGCUUCUCGCCGCCGGACUCGGCGGCCGGCGGCGAGACGCACCCCGCGCCGCCCUCCCCCGGCCCGACCCUGCCCGGCACCUUUGCCUUUGGCGCCCCGGGGUCGGAGGCCUUUGGCGGGGCCUCCGCCUCGGCGCAGCCCUUCUGCCUCGACGCCUUUGCGGGGCGGGGCGGGCUGGAGCGCUGGGAGGCGGCGCCGCUCUCCGCCUCCCUCCUCUCCGCCGCCACCCUGUCGGGGCCCUCCCUGGACUCGCUGCGUCGGGUGCUGCCGGAGUUCCUCCGCGGCGAGGCCCUGGACAUGGACGACUGA